AUGGCGCCCACUGUGCCACCUAAUCCACCCUCGGUUCCACCAGGACCAACCACAACUGAGGGUGUUGCUGCAAUGAUUCCCGUCGCCAACAUCACCCUCGAAGACGCCCUGCUCGACAACCCCAACUUUCGUGCCAACAUCAGACUCUUUGAGGGACAAGUCUUUUUCAUUGAGAGCUGGCUGAUUGCAUUGCAACGAUCCGUCAAUCUGUUCACCGAGGAGUGGAAACGUUUGAACGAAGUCACGUCGAUCUUGAACAAACGCGCCGAGGUCCCCUUGCUGUCCCAGGGCAUGCUCAGUUCACAAUACACAAUUCCCGCCAUGAAACUGGUCGGGGGUGCCUUCAGGACAACUCUCGCCCUCAAACAUCAAUACAUCACAGAGGUCAACGACCAGGUCGUAAAACCACUCGACGACUUUCUCAAAACUGACCUCAAGGAGUUCAAGGAGGCCAAAAAGACAUUUGACAAGGCUCUGGAAAAGUACGAGAGCACCCUCGCCAAAUACAACGGCCAGAGCAGACAAAAGGAACCCAGUGCACUCAGAGAGGAAGCUUUCCAACUCUACGACACUCGGAAAGCAUACAUCCAGGCCGCCAUGGCCUGUUCAAUGCUCUGCAUCAAGUUUCAGGACUCACUCGACCAACUUGUUCUCGGAACAUUUCUGGAUCUGAUCGCUACGCAACACGACUACUUUUCCGGGAAUGCAGAUCACUUUGGAAGCAUGGCUCUGCAGGUUCUCCAAUUGAAGACGUACAUGAAGGGACACAAGGAAGCAAGCGCCGUUGCACUGCAAGAAUUGGAGCAGAACAAGGAGCGUUAUACGGCUGACGCGAUGGAAUACUGGAAACCAAGUCGGUCUCUCAAGUGCUACUCCAAUGUCUCUCCACCAAAGUCGACCAUUGGUCUUGCCACAAUCGGACCCGCUCUUGCAGCCCAGAUUGGAGGUCAAGUACCAUUGAACACAUUCAUAAAUCGACCAGCAACCAUUUCUCAGUACUCAACUCAAGCUCCAACUCGACCAUCCAUCCCGACUCAGCUCACAUUACCCAACAUUCCGACUUUGUCAUCAGGACAAACCAAUAGCGGCUCAUACCCAGCACUAUCAGAGGACCAAGCCGGAACAGAAAGUGCACCCAAUAGCUCUAGUCUGUCCCGAGCCAACAACACCUCUCUCAACUCUUUGCCGAACUCUGCCUCAGGAAACAGCAUAGCGUCUUCCAACUCGCCUUCUCUCGCCAACUUCGCCAGCUAUGACCUUGAGGAGGGGACCCCGACAACGAAACAAGGAUACCUUAACAUCCGCAUUCCUCAGCCCAAGAACCGGGCACCUGUAUGGCAACGCAAAUACUUUUUCAUCCAGGAAGGCGAGUUCGGAUUCGAGAGUGUUGUCUCCAACCCAACUGUGGGCUCACAAGUCGUGCAGAGUGAACGAAUUGCUGUUCUUCUCUGUGAGGUUCGCUACGGGACGUCUGCUAACUCACUGAUGACAUUAAGCGGAGGAGGAAACCCCUCGUCUGGUAGUCAAGGACUUGCCAUGGUUCAGAUGGAACGCCGCUUUUGCUUUGAAGUCGUAUGUGCAACUCAAUCGUAUCUGUUGCAAGCUGAGACUGAGGACGAUUUGAUGAGCUGGGUCAACACGUUUGAGGCCGCCAAGAGGAACAUGUUCCUUCAACAGAACUUGCCUCUCCCUCAUGAGCCGGAGGAGCCAUACUCGCCCAUGAUCCCUGACUCUGCUCAACCUCAGUUCUCCUUCUCAGGAGAGGACCUACUUGAUGCGGCACGCGCAAAACUCAAUAGCGAAACGGAGAACUCUAGACCGACAGGAUCGUUGGGUCUCGGAUGGGCGGCCAAUGUACCGGGCGUCAGUUUGCUUCUUGGGUCAAUCGGCAACAAUGCCCCAGCGGCAGCAACAAAGCCUGGAUCUGGAGCAGAGACAUCUCGAAACGGUGCGGACAAUGCUGACAAGAGCGCUGAACAGGCUGGAGAUUCUUCUGAGGCCAAAGCUGGUACGGAGAGCUCAAAGCCAGAAUCGCAGGCGUCCCUUUCGGUGAACACAACCGUUCCGACACUGAUGUUGCCAUCCAAAGACGGAGGACCACUCCCUCUUGUGCUGGAUACCGAGCCACAGUCUAUGAUGCGCUCCCGAUCUGGCACGGAGGUCACAGUCAACCCCGAUCGCCCUGCCGGACACAGCCAACAACAGUCAGAGAUUGAACGUUUGAUGACCAGUGCACUCCACUUGGUCCCCAAAGCAACCCCUCUCGCCGUUUCAGAGAUUCCCCAUUACCCGAUGGAGCUGGUUGUGCGGAACAGAGAGCUCCAUUUGCGCUUCCAUGGAACCAAGGUACACUCGAAGGAGUAUGUGCUGCACUCUUGGACCAGUGGCUACCUCGAUGAUUCACGACCUGACAAGCCCAUCAUGAUUUACGGCAGGAUCUUCUUGACUCAAUCCGGCAUGUACUUUUAUGCGCGUGGACUGAGCGUCGAGACCAAGAGGAUGUAUCGCUUCUCGACCAUUCGCGGCAUCGAGUGUGAACAAAGGGACAUUUCGACAGAGUGGCGAAUUGAGACUGUAGAUGGCGUACAGCACGUGUUUUGUCAGUUCACUCUCACGGACACAGAGUAUCAAGUGCUACAUCUCAUUUGGACCAACGUUUGCCAGUCCAAAGAUCGCAUGCCGGUGAAGGAACUUUUCAAGCGGACAAUGCUGAUCACCAACAAACCCAAGGGCAGCGCUGGAUCGGGAUCCUUGGCUGCGACAGAGUCUAACCACUUGAAGAACCGGGACGGCAAGAUGACAUACCCGUCAGAAGGCAAUGGCGGUGUCAUAGUAGAAACCCCCAAAGGUGCGACUUCCGGAUUGGCUUCUCUCGACGGUGACUGGAAGGACGAGGAAGAAGUCCAGAGCAUUGGGGAAUGGUCAGACGCUGGUGGUCACAAGGCAAGGACGGUCAAGUUUGUGAUGGUGGUCAACAACCCACUGGUCAAACUCAACCAAACGGACUGCGUGGAGACUCAUACCUGCGAAGUCGAGGAGGAUCACCUUCGUUACUCUUACAUCGUCAAGUCCAGUGUCCUGGCGAUGCCCUACAGCGACGCGUUCACACCAGUGCUUCGGUACUGCAUCACGUACGUUGGCAAGAACGAGUGCAAGCUGACCUGCUCUAGCGGCAUUGAGUGGCACAAGAACCCGUUGGUGAAGGCCAUGAUCAGGGGAGCAAUCAUCAAGGGCACGGCAGAGACCAUUCGGGACAUCACCGAGAUUAUCCAGCUCCACCUGGAACAACGCAAGGGCAAUGCAAGUGGCGCAGCUCCAGGAUCGGCCAAGGACAGCGCCUCUGGUUCCCACUCAAGGAGCGAUUCGGCCAAGAUUAUGAUCUCUCUUCAUGGCCCUGACAACGACGGCCCUAGCAUUAUUCAUGAUCCGCAGGAUGAAGGCAACAACUCGGACUUUGGCGCCGAGAAAUCCAAGGAUGGUCGGAGUCCUGGUCUCAGGCGACACACUGUCAGCACAGGAGCAGGUUCAGGAGGCGUCAUCUACUCGGGCUCUCGUGUGCAAGGUAAUUGGCCCACUGGAGCACCACCAUCAUUUGUUCCAGUUGGAUCAAAGGCCAGUCGAACCAGGCUCUUGGGCCGUCCUAGCCGAAGCUCACUGGUAGAGCAAGGUUCUCCAGGGGAUUCUCAGACCAAACAGGACACAUCCAGCACACCCUAUGGACUCGUUGGCACGAUUCAGCAGACGAUACAUGGGAUUUUGCGGCCAAAGGACGACAAGGAGAGGCGGUUGAUGUCGACAAGGCUCCUGUACUUUGUCUUGAUCGUGUCGUCCUUGAUCAACGUUUGGGCGGCUUACAACAGUCAAAAGAUGCUGACUACGGCAUGGCAAAUGAAGGUUCAUGGAUCGUCAGGUCUGAGAGGACCGCUGAGAGGCUACUCGGAACCACUGAACCGUGUACAUGGUCAGGAUUGCACGGACAACUCGGAUCAGCCCUGGAAUGCCAGGAACAUUCGUGUCGCGGCGCGAGCGGUGUUCUUGAAGGAUUUGGAGGAGCAGAUGCUUGGUGGUGGAGAGCUGGGAGGGUUUGACGAUAGUCAGACGAUUGACCAGCCAAGCUUUGAGAUCUUCUUGGAAGUCAGAGACUUGUUCAGGACUUGGCCUCAACCCCCAUUGGAGAGGUUUGCGGAACAAAACGACUCAGGAGAAUCUUACCCGGCCUCGACAACAUCAGUUUCACCUGCAGCAACGCCGCAACCAACAGGAGCUCCUUACCAGGACGCCUUUGAUGAACGACGUGAUGCGAUGGAGAGGUACCCUUGGCUGCUGCCACAGCACCGUCGGUGGGCGACCAAGAUUAUUUUCCAGAGGGAUCGAGUUGGGAUUAUGAGGCAUGAUCUGUUGGUCACGUUUGAAGUCCUCAAGCAGCUCGAGCGGAGGUUGUUAGAGACUGAGUAUGUCAACUGGAUCAUGGACGAACGCACCCGGUGCCGUCUAUGGGAGCGUAGGAGAAAACUGCAGAGUGCCGAGAAGGAUGGAGCCUUCGACAAGGAUCUAGAAAGUGAGGAGUCACUGUUGUCGCCGGAGGCGAAGAAGAUGAAGAACGCGUUUUUGAGAGAGCUCGAGUCGGAAGAGUUGUUGGAUGUCGAAAAGGUCAAGCAGCGCCUUGCUCACCUGGACGAGCAAGAUAACGAGGAAGAGGAUGAGAAGGAGACGUUGCGGAAACGACAGCUGUUGAAAGCGCAGGUGACGAACGAGUUUUGUGUCGGACUAGAGCGUCAGAUCGAGCUGUUCAUGCUCGACACCUCCUCCUCCUCCUCCUCGUCUUCUCCAUUCAGCCGCGACUAG